GUUAUCCGUGAGCGAAAGGAAGAACUUCUGUCGUGUCCCGAACUACAAGAGUCUAUCGAGGAAACGGCUCUGGAAAGUGACAUCUACGGCGUGAAAGGAAAAACCAGGAAACCAUUCCUUGAUAUCCUCCUCCGAGAACACAUCAAGGACCCUGAAAAUUUUUCCGAAGAAGAUGUUCGAGAAGAAGUGGACACUUUUAUGUUUGAGGGUCAUGACACGACAGCCAUGGGAAUUAGCUGGGCUCUGUACCUCAUUGGUCUCUACUCGGAGCACCAGGAACUCAUGCACCAAGAGCUGGACGCCAUAUUUGGCGCCAACAAGACCCGACCUGUCACUUCGGAAGACUUGAAGCAAAUGAAGUACAUGGAAUGCUGCCUAAAGGAGUCCCAGCGAUUGUAUCCAUCAGUUCCAUUCAUCUCAAGAACCUGCGAGCAAGACGUCAUGAUCGCUGGCCGAAAGCUACCGAAAGGAGCGGACAUCAUGGUUGGCAUUUACAACCUGCAUCGUGACCCAGACGUAUUCCCCAAGCCGGAGGAAUUCAUUCCAGACAGGUUUCUCCCUGAAAACGUGGAAGGGAGACACCCUUUUGCUUUCGUUCCUUUCUCUGCUGGCCCGAGAAACUGCAUUGGUCAACGUUUUGCCAUGAUGGAAGAAAAAGUCGUCAUCGCCAACAUCCUUCGAAACUACAAGCUGGUUCCACUGCACCAUCGAGACAAGAUCCGUGUGAUGGCGGAACUCGUUUUGAGGCCGAAGAAUGGUCUGCAUGUGAAAUUUAUUCCGAGGGAGCCUACAAAAUUGAAAUGAAAGCAUUCAGUGACAAUUCUUUCCUCAGAAGGUUUCAUGGGUUCACUAAAGCACGUGCGCAAACGUACCGAAUAAAUGAAACAUAUGAC